AUGUUGGACCCUUUCCCGCCGCCGCCGGCAUGGCUACGGAACUUCAUUGAGCCCUACGCUCUGUACUACAACAGCCCGACACUGCCUGAUCACAUCCACGAGGUGAUCGGGGCGUUCGUCUUCUACCUCGCCAUUCAUGCGGUCGUCUCGCCAUGGCUGUCGCCGAUCCUCUUCCCGCAGUCCUACAAGAGCCUCAAACCAAGAACCCGGCUGAACUGGGACAUCCAUGUUGUCUCGCUUACGCAGAGCGUGUUGAUCAACGCCGUGGCCCUGUGGGUUAUGUAUGUUGACCGCGAGCGCAGCGCGAUGUCGGCCGGUGAGCGGGUCUUUGGGUACACCGGUGCCUGUGGCCUCAUCCAGGCCCUCGCCGUGGGUUACUUCAUUUACGACUUGAUAGUCAGUGUCAUGUAUGUGCGCAUGUUUGGCAUCGGAAUGCUGUUCCAUGCUAUUAGCGCCUUGUGGGUUUUCAGUCUUGGUUUUAGACCUUUCCUCAACUUCUACGCGCCAACUUUCAUUCUCUACGAGCUCUCAAGCCCAUUCCUCAAUAUCCACUGGUUCCUCGACAAGGUCAACAUGACUGGUAGCCGUGCCCAGUGGUAUAAUGGAAUGGCCCUGCUUGGUUCAUUCUUUGCCUGCCGUCUUGUAUGGGGUACCUGGCAGUCUAUAGUGCUUUACUUCGACAUGUGGAACGCACUCCAACACACUUGGUCGGCUGCCGCGUCCCCACUCUCCGAGCCCGCCAACGUCAACGCAGCAGUGUUCUACCCAGCCCGUGACGGUAAUCUGUGCAUUGAUCAAACCUGUGCUCGUGCCAAUGCUGAGAUCACCAAAUUCAAGGACUUCACUGCCGGGGGUGUGGCUACAUGGAUGGUCGUCACUUACGUGGGAUCGAACAUGAUCCUCAACUUCUUGAAUUAUUUCUGGUUCUCCAAAAUGGUUGACACGGUGCUCAAGCGCUUCCGUGGACCCGCGCAAACCACCGAGAAGAAGGACACAGACAAGACGCAGCUGAAGGAGGAUAUUGUGCACGAGGUCGUUCUUGAGGCCGCCUCGCAAUUGGAGCAGGACGAGAGCGCUGUCAUGCAGGCCGAUCUUACUUCCUUGAAGGAGCAGGUCUCUUCGGCUGUUGACUCCGGUCUAUCCGACGACAUUCGAAAACGUAGGGCAGACCUUGUUGCAAAGGUUCCCUUGCCAGGUGCCUAA